UUCGCGCACACACACUUACGACCGCGCGCACGCACGCUCUACAUACGUCUCCACUUUGCCGUAGUAAAUUACGGCAUUGAUCUUAACGGCGAGUGCGGAUCUGUCUCUUGUGUUCGCCCUUUCUUCGACGGACCGACUCGGAGAAACGCUCGGCAUAGAAGUAACUCCCUUCAUCUCGUGUGUCUGUGAGGACCCCUGGUCAUGUCCGUUUAGCUCCCCUGCGUGAUGCCUGAUCAUGACAGCGCCACCCUCCUAACCAGACAGACCAAGCGCCGACGAGUCGACAUCGGGGUGAAAAGGACUGUGGGUAGCGCGAUAUUCACCCGCGCCAGAGAGACCCUGCUCGACAGCAUGAACCAAUCACACGGCAUCGAUCAGGACGGAGACUGCUCGUUGGUCAGUCACGGCCAUGGGCCUACCAACGGCGACGGAGAGAAGUCAAAUGUUUUGAGGAAGUUGCUGAAGAGGGCCAACUCGUAUGAAGACUCCAUAAUGCCUUUCCCUGGCGCUACCAUCAUCUCUCAGCUACUGAAGAAUAACAUGGGGAAGAACGGAGGGAGUGACUCAGGCUUCCAGGGGAAUGGAAAUCUGUCCAGUGGAGGCUCAGAGAUCCAGGCUGAGGACGCCUGCAGCAACUCCUCCCAUGAACGGGACAGCCACUCUGACUGCCUCUCUCCAGGGCCUCCUCUUCCCCCUCCACCCUCCUCCUCUUCGUUUGGGCGGCCACCACCUCCUUCAAACCAUAACUCCCACGCUCCCUCUCAGCCGCUCUCCCUCUCCUCCUUCGACCUGGACAGGCUGUCGGAUGAGCACCUUCGCGCCAAGCGCGCCAGGGUGGAAAACAUCAUCCGCGGCAUGAGUCACUCGCCAUUAGUGCGGCCCAACACCACCGAUCACAACCAAGAAAGCAACCGCGAGAAUGAGAACAGCAGCAACAACAGCAACAGCAGUAAUGACCACCGCGGAGACGGCAACAGCCACAACAUCAGCAGCCACGACCACAGACGCAGUGACGGCCCUUCUUCCCUCCUGAGCUCUCCGGGUUCUCGUGGCGGCGUGGUCAGCGCUGGCGAGGUCUACAGGGAGAAUAAGAGAAAGCAGCGCCUGCCACAACAGCAGCACAGCUUCACUCAGCUGGUGUGUUCAAGGCAGGAGCAGAGACAGGAAGAACGACGGCAGCUUAAACUGCAACUGGAGGACAUGCAGAAACAGCUACGCCAACUCCAGGAGAAGUUCUACCAGAUCUACGACUCGGAGACAGAGGAAGAGGAGGAGAACGGCGAGAGCGGAGAGGCCGACCGGGGCAGAGAAAGAGAGGAGGACGGCAACUUGUCGGAGGACAGUAUCCGCUCUGAUGGCCUAGAGGAGGGGCACAGAGACAGAGGGCGGAAUAGCCAUGAUGACCUGUCUGAUCUGGAUCCAGGCCUGUUCCUGGACCGGGCCCGAGCCCUCCUCCGAGAACAGGCCCUGAUAGAUGCAGAAAUAGAGGAGGAUGUUGAUGGCAGGGAGGAGGAGGAGAGGAAUGGAGAAAGAGUGAUGAAGAGGAGAGGAGGAGCAGCAGAAAGAGUAGGAGGAGGAGGAAGGCAGUUAGCAGAGACGCUGAAGCAGGAACUGAACUGUGCCGUGUCGCAGGUCGUCGACACAGUCGUCAAGGGUUUCUCCUCGCCAAAGCAGGCCGUCAGUCACCAUCACGGCUGCCACAGCAGCACACCCGCUGCGCCCUCAUCUUCCUCCAACUCAUCCUCUUCCUGUCCUCCACCUUUUGGUCCCCUCCCCUCCCUCACCCCGGACUCACGUUUUGGCAGUGGUGCCCUGGCCCUCAGUCUAAACGGCGACGGCAGUCCCACCCCCAACUACCACCCCCCCAACCAGAGGCUGCACUGCUUUGGCGAUGUGAUCGUCCCGAGUCCGCUGGAUUCAUUCGGCGGUUUAAGUGGCAGACUAAGCGGUGUGCCAACACCCAACGACCAAACAGAGGCACUGCCGCUGGUGGUGCGCAAGAGCAGUGGAGGAGGUGGAGGAGAGAACCCUAACCUCUCGUCCUCUCUCCCUCCACCUCCUCACCAUCCCUCGCUCCACCCUUCUCCCCUCACAGCCUCACUCGGGUUUAGUCCCCCAUCUUUUCGCCACCCCUUCCCGCUUCCCCUCAUGGGUUACCCCUUUCAGAACCACCUGGGGUCGCACAGUGGCGGCGAUGGCUACCCCCCAGGGCCCAAGGACCACCACCGGUCCUCCCCCGACUCCAUGGACAUGACCCGGGAAACUGUCAGCCUCAGAACCAAAAUGGCAUCCCUUGGAGGGGGUCAUCUCAGUCACCACCAUCACCACCACAGGCAGAGCUCUCCAAGUCAACAUGGGCCAGAAGGUCUGUCCCUGUCCCUCAUCAAGUCUGAGUGUGGGGACCUGCAAGACAUGUCCGACAUAUCGCCCUACUCAGGCAGCACUAUUCAGGAGGGACUGUCUCCCAACCACCUGAAGAAGGCCAAGCUGAUGUUCUUCUACACCCGCUACCCUUCCUCCAACAUGCUCAAAAUGUUCUUCUCCGACGUCAAGUUCAAUCGCUGCAUCACCUCCCAGCUGAUCAAGUGGUUCAGUAACUUCAGGGAGUUCUACUACAUCCAGAUGGAGAAGUUUGCCCGACAGGCCAUCAACGAGGGCGUGACGGCCACAGAGGAGCUGGUGGUGGGUCGCGAUGCCGAGCUCUUCAGGGCGCUCAACAUGCACUACAACAAGGCCAACGACUUUGAGGUUCCCGAUCGAUUUCUGGAGGUGGCCCAGGUGACUCUUCGCGAGUUCUUCAAUGCCAUCGUGGCUGGAAAGGAUGCAGACCCAUCCUGGAAGAAGGCCAUCUACAAGGUGAUCUGCAAGCUUGACAGCGAGGUUCCUGAGGUCUUCAAAUCCCCCAACUGUCUACAAGAACUCCUCCAUGACUGACUAGAACAAGGGAGGAAACACGGCAAGCAAGACAAACCUCCACGGACAGUGAGAAGACUGUGAGAAAAUGCCUCUAAAAGUUAGAGUAGGUCUUCAGUGAAAUGCUUUUCAAAGUGUUUGACGCCCAUAACGCGAUGCAGAGACUUGAAGUGAUUGAACUUGGAGGCUUCAGGAGAAGUUUGCCGGCGGUUGUUUUUGGUCAGCCCAUCUUUUAAAGACAAAACUGCCCUCAAAAUGUUUUAUAGAGAAAAAAAGAAAAUCCUCCUCAACGACCUCUACGAGGGCUCGGACUCAUGAGUCAGAUGAAACUCAAAUGAAGAUAUCCAAGUUGAGACUUUUACGAAUUAAAAGCAAAAGGGUGAAAAUUGAACCUCGCUGCACUUACAGAAAAGCUCCUCUUUCUCCUCCAUCUCGUCCAAGCUCGAUCUUCAUCCCUCUCUGGAGGAGGAACGAAGAGACGAGGGAGAUGACGGAUCAAUCGUCAGCCCAUGAAUCGGGGUCUGGAGUGACCUAAAAAUAAAGAAGAUAAUAUAUAAAAAAUCUUUUUAUUGUGGAUGUUUUUAAGUUACAUGGGACAUUUUUGGAAAACAAAGUGAUGUUUCUGUAUUUUUUCCUCCUUUGUAUAAGCUUACAGCCUCUCUUCUGCAAACCCUCAGUCACUCACAUGGUGACACACACACACACACACACCUUGAUUAGCACAGUAGCAUUCCCAAAUCCUCACCUGAACCCGCACAAACUGGGCAUAAGUAAACUUAGCUGUUGUUUAUUUCCCUCCUCUUUUUACAUCUCCCUCUUCUUACUGUACUGAAACGUACCGGGCGUUGUUUCUUUUGUUUUUUGACGGCGUGGCUCUCCCUGCCCCACCCAACCCCUCUUGGCUUCAUGCACCCAGAGCAUCGAAGACAAAAUGUUUCUAUACUAUUUUUUUUUUUUUUUGCUCAAAAAUCUCUCAGUCACAGUUUGCCCUAAACCGAAUUUAUGUGGCCGUGACUCAGAUUGAGCCCUUAAUCUCAGCUACUCCACUUAUUUUAAUAAAUCACGGCAGCCUGACCAACACAGCUGAAGCCCUUGUUCUCUUUUUAACUUAACAGACAUUUUUCUCUCUCUCUUGAAUUUUUUUUCAUGCAGGAUUCAUGACAAGUUGUGUACUGAGCAGGAUGUUUAACUGCUGAAAUAUUCCUUUCCGGGGGACAAACUGCAUAAUGGCGACUGGUGAAUUUCUGGCAGAAAGAUAUGCCAGUACAUCUGAGAUGAGCUGAUUUAUUUAUAUUUUCUAACUAUGGCACUGAUGCUCACAGGUGGGAUUUGCUGUGUGUAAGUCACUGUCGUAAUAGUGUUCACUUAGUUUUGUAAUGGCCACCGGGAACCAGUUUGUAGAUCGCUCUCUGAGCAGCACAGCGUUCCCACAUGAUGAAAACACAAAAAUGACGGUGCUCUGGGAAAGGCUUACUACGUUUGGAGACGCACGCUUCACAGCGCCUCCUUUAGGUACCGACUGGAUUCAAGCACUUGCACAGCAGAUUUUAACACUUUUAAAACCACAGUCGUACAAUCAGCCUUUGCCGAAAACUGAGCUCCUGCAUUCAGAGGCGUCAAAAAAGUUCCCCUGCCGCCUUUUAUGCCACUGACACUGGAAGUCACCACAUGUAACCAAGCCUCCGCUGGAAAAACGGAUUUUUCUCGUCGCUCUGGGUGGCCGAGAGGGGCAGCUGCAUCGGCCGGGUCAUGUGUGAAGUGUUUAAGGUUUUAACAGCAGAAAAAAAAUUUAAAAAAGACAUACGACAAAAUGCUGAUAUUUGUAGCUUGUAUAGAUGUAAUAAUUACUCUGAUCACUCUGAUACUGUUAUUAUUUAUAAUUGAAAUAAUUAUUCCUAUUAAUGUUAUUCUGAUGAUGAUUAUUAAUGCUUGCUACAGAUUUGACCAGUGGUUUACUCAUUGUUUAUUCAUCACACUGCAACAUGAAAUAAAUUAUUCUUUGAAAAAAAAAAAAAAAAAAAAAGGAGAAGAAGAAAGGUUUAUUUCUAAGUGUGUGAUUGUACUUUUCGCUGCUCUAUUUCCGCUCAGCAGAGGUACAGAGGGUGGCGUCCGUUUGCAUGUGCCUGCCCACACACACACACACACACACCAGAUCGCCAUCAACUCAAGCAGUAACUAAGCAACAUGAUGACCAUUUUAACUCUGUC